GAGGGGAGGGCCCGCGCGCUAAACGCGGGACUUGUUUGGUGUCCUGGUGCGCGGUUGGUAGCCGCGAACUCGUUUUCUUCCUUUGAGACCUGGCUUCUGCAUUCCAGCGCGGAUUGGUGAAGGCUCUACGGCUCCAGUAGUAGCUAGGGGCCCUGCCGGCGUUUCCUCCCAGGCUCGGCCAUGCCGGCGGUGUUGGGUUUUGAAGGCAGCGCCAACAAGAUUGGCGUGGGAGUGGUGCGGGAUGGCACCGUGCUGGCGAACCCUCGGCGCACUUACGUCACGCCUCCGGGUACAGGAUUCCUUCCAGGUGAUACUGCCAGGCACCACAGAGCUGUUAUCCUGGACCUGCUGCAGGAGGCACUAACAGAGGCUGGAUUAACUUCACAAGAUAUUGAUUGCAUUGCGUAUACUAAAGGUCCUGGUAUGGGUGCCCCAUUGGUUUCUGUGGCUGUUGUGGCGCGUACUAUUGCCCAGUUGUGGAAUAAGCCAUUGGUGGGUGUUAACCAUUGCAUAGGCCACAUUGAGAUGGGCCGCCUCAUCACUGGAGCCACCAGCCCAACUGUGCUGUAUGUCAGUGGAGGAAAUACACAGGUGAUUGCAUAUUCAGAACAUCGUUACCGCAUCUUUGGGGAAACCAUCGAUAUUGCUGUGGGUAAUUGUCUGGAUCGUUUUGCUCGAGUCCUGAAGAUUUCCAAUGACCCAAGUCCAGGCUACAACAUUGAACAAAUGGCAAAGCGAGGCAAGAAGCUAGUUGAGCUGCCAUACACUGUAAAGGGCAUGGACGUCUCAUUCUCGGGGAUCUUGUCUUUCAUUGAGGAUGUAGCCCAGCGGAUGCUGGCCACAGGCGAGUGUACUCCUGAGGAUCUAUGCUUCUCCUUGCAGGAAACUGUGUUUGCAAUGCUGGUAGAGAUCACAGAGCGGGCCAUGGCACAUUGCGGUUCCCAGGAGGCCCUCAUCGUAGGAGGAGUGGGUUGUAAUAUUAGGUUACAGGAAAUGAUGGAAACAAUGUGCCAGGAACGCGGAGCCCGGCUUUUUGCCACAGAUGAGAGAUUCUGCAUUGACAAUGGAGCCAUGAUAGCCCAGGCUGGCUGGGAGAUGUUUCAGGCUGGACAUAGGACCCCCCUCAGUGAAUCUGGGGUCACACAGAGGUAUCGGACAGAUGAAGUAGAAGUGACCUGGAGGGACUGACAAGGUGAACAGGAUCAAGUAGAUAGCGCCCUAAGUGGAGCCCCAGGGACCCUGGGCCUUAACCUCAUCCUGACAUAAGACCCUAGCAAGACUGUGGACGCCCCUCUCCCAUCAUUUGAACCUCAAGAUGACUCUAUAAUAAAAAUAUUUUUGGUUUUA